GCGCGCCUGAGGGUCGCGCGGUGGGAGGGAGGCCGGGCGGGACAGCUUCGGACGGAAGAGGGUUUUAAAGCGACGCCCCACGCCCAUAUCGGAGCACAAGACUUUUCACCAUGAGUGUGGAUUGGAUUGGCUUCAGUUAUGGUGCGGUUGUGGCCCUUGGAGGUAUCAUAGGAUAUAUUCGCAAAGGCAGUAAAAUCUCAUUGGUUGCUGGCCUUUUCUUUGGCUUGCUAGCUUGUUAUGGAGCAUAUUGGGUAACUCAUAAUCCCAAAGACGUAAAGAUAUCAUUAUUCACAGCUUUUAUGCUUACUACUAUAAUGGGAGUGCGGUUUAAAAGGACCAAAAAACUAAUGCCGGCUGGAAUUAUAGCAGGUCUAAGCCUGGUGAUGGUGUUGAGACUUGUCUUCCGGCUCAUAUGAGAAAAGGAGCACUUCCAGAUUUCCACGCAAUCAGACAAAACAUUCUUUGAAUUAUGAAUGUCCCUUCCAAAAGAUCAGCCGUUUUUGUUGUGAUCAUGAUGAUAAAAAGGCAGUGUUAUUCCUCAUGGACUUGGAAUUGCAUUCAUUCCUUAUGUAUGUGGGGCUGCAUUCUUUAAUGUUUUAAGUGACAUUUUGUUGACUUAUGUCUUUCUUCAGACCAGUGACUAACUUGGUCUUUUAAUUAUUAUUUUAAUUUGUGGAAUGAGUUUUCAAUUUAUGCUUUAUUCCCCCUGAAAUGAAUAGAAGCCACAGGACUUUUAAAACUCAGGUUUGUCAUAUAUAGUGGCACCUAAUAAAGUCAUACCCAGUCCUGGAUGAUGAUAAUUUCAUAGAACAAGGUAUGCAGUAAUACAAACUUACUUAUAUGGAUUAUAUCAUAUUUCAGUUCCAUUAAAAUAUGAAUGCUGUAUUCAUUUCAUAUAAUACUAAAAACAUCUUUAGCUUUGAAACAGGUCUUGCUUAUGUCUUGAAAUGCAAAGUUAAUAAAUGCCAUAUUAAAAAUAAAAACACUUUAAUAUUUUGGAUACAAACUCUCUUGUAAGUUGUUGACUUACAGUAUUUCUUAAAGUGAUUUGUAUGAGAUAAGUGACUGGAAAAAAGUUAUAGAUAGGGUACAACAAAAUACAAUAUAUGUACAGUAUUUUUCUGUUCUCAUUACCUGACCAAGCCAAAGGUUUGUUUAGUGGGGAUCUCCAAAAAUGGAGAGGUUGAAGUUCAUCUAUUUUUAAAUUGUAUUCUACUUUUGGGGACAAACAACUAUGGGUAAUCCUCCUGGUAUCACUGCUGUAGAUAAUAGUUCCAAUGUACUUACUUUAAAUCAGUGCUCAGCAAAGAUGUUAGUCCACCUUAACUUGUGUAUCAAGUUUAUAUUUGAAGGAAAUACUAAUUAUGCUUACAUUGGUUUGUAGAUAUGUCAUAAAUUACAGAACAAAAUUAGUUUGGUCAAGAUAUAAGCAUAAAUAAGAGUAAUGACUUCCUCAAGUUGAGCUAGACUCUUGGUGAAUACAUGAAACCAUCCAUGUACUUUUCUUAGCAACAUUACAGAAGGGGUUCACUGUUGCCUUUUCAGGGAUAUAUAUAUAUAUAUAUGUAUUACUUCCCAAACUCUCCUACAACCCUAAUAAUUCCUGAUUGAUUCCUGUCUAAUUCUAACCACAUCUGCUUAUUUAAGCCUUUUUCAAGAUUAGCCAAAGUCAGCUAGAUGCUGCCAUCUGCUGCGACAGGUAUAGAUAUGUCACAAAUAAAUUAGUGAAGUAUAUACAGAGGUGGCAAAUGGUCAAAGGAUACCAACAAAUAGAUGAGAAUGCAUUGCUGUAAAUCUGCAGGAUUAACUUCUAUAUAGACAUGCACAAGGUAACAUAUUAAGUGGUAACAAAAGAGAAAUUUAUUGAGUUGUUAAUCAUUACAAAGGAUAAUUUUCUUAAGUUAUUACUACCUAGUAACAACUACAGAAACAGCAGAUAAUGAUGUUACAAGUAAAGAAUCUCUGAUUUUUUAAAGUUAUAAGCUGCAAUAACAUAACGUAUAUGCUUGCGUAAGAUAGAGCUUACUUUCUGUAUUUGCCCAUGUGAAAAAAACAGCAUUAUACACUAUAAUUUUAGACACAAGGCCUUCAAAAAUAUUUUCAUGUAAAUUACUGAUUUUUCACUGUUUCAGAAGGAUUGUGAUUAUAAAACUAAGAGGAAUUGAUAUUUCAUUUAUUUUAUCUUUCCAAUAAUAGGCUGAGUUAUAAUUAGCAAUAUAUUGGGAAAAAACGUAAGUUAGCAGAAGUAUGCCAGUAUUUGUAAAAGCCUUCAGAAGUUGAAUACUUUUUUGGCUUGUGCAAGCAUGUUAUCGUCAUAUGGGGCUUUCCUUUGACUUCCUGGCUGCAAGAAUUUCUUUAUUGUAGGGAUGUUGCUUAUUCUUGUUUUGAAAGCCUGCAUGUGAAACAAACAAACA